CCGUUCUGUCCCUUCGCCCAAUCCCACCAGCUCCAUCUUUUCUCCUGCCUCUGUCCCAUCUGUCUGUAUAGCUAGCAUCUGGUGGAUUCUCUGUCCUGAUCUCCUUUCGAAAUAACCCAUCCAUCCAGCCAUCCACCCCACCCCGCCAGCCGUCCCUCUCGACCGGUCCCCGACCGACCUCCUUACCCCGCUCUCCCCCUUACCAACAACCUACUCUCUACCCCCUACACCAAAACAUCCACCAUGGGAAGCCAGAAGCGGAUAGCCAAGGAACUUGCCGAACUCGUCGAAUCACCCCCCGACGGCAUCCUGGUGAAACUAGCCGACGAAUCGAAUCUAUAUCUCUGGAAAGUAUACAUGGAAGGACCAGAAGGCUCACCAUACCACAACGGAAAGUUCCUCCUCAACCUCUCCCUCCCCACGGAAUACCCCUUCAAGCCGCCCACGGUGUCGUUCAAAACCAAGAUCUACCACCCGAACGUGACCAACGACGACAAGGGCAGCAUGUGUCUGGGGAUGUUGCGGGCGGACGAAUGGAAGCCCAGCUCGCGGAUCCACGCGGUGCUGGAGUUCGCGCGGCAGCUGUUGGCGGAGCCGAUGCCGGAUGAUGCGAUCGAGGGGCGAAUUGCCGAGCAGUAUAAGAAUGAUCGGAAGAGGUAUGAUGAGGUCGCGAAGGAGUGGACGAGGAAGUAUGCGGUUGAAUCAUCGUGAAUAGCAUCUGCUUGAUAUUGCUUGGAGGAGCUGUGGGGAUCUUAUGUUGGGAUAGUUGUGGGGAUCAUAUCCUGGGGUUGGGGGUUGAUGGUAGAUAUGGAUGUGAUGUGAUAUGAUGUGAUUGAUAUGGUUUGACAUGACAUGACAUGCAUAGAGUAGGAUGGGAUAGGAUAGGAUAUGUUAGGAUAUGAGGGGAGUUGGACUGGACUGGACUGGACCGGACUGGACGGCACGGUACAUACUAUUCAGCUGCAUAUUUACUUUGCAUACCUAUGGUGGGUAGCAUGGGCUGGG